AUGGAUUCCUUUGGACAACCCAGACCAGAAGAUAAUCAGUCAGUAGUUAGCAGAAUGCAAAAGAAAUACUGGAAAACUAAACAGGUCUUUAUCAAAGCAACGGGAAAAAAGGAGGAUGAGCACGUGGUGGCAUCUGAUGCUGAACUGGAUGCUAAACUCGAGGUUUUUCACUCCAUUCAAGAGACAUGCACUGAACUUCUGAAGAUAGUUGAGAAAUAUCAGCUAAGACUCAAUGUUAUAUCAGAGGAAGAAAAUGAACUGGGGCUCUUUUUAAAGUUUCAAGCAGAACGGGAUACAACACAAGCUGGUAAAAUGAUGGAUGCUACUGGCAAGGCACUCUGUUCUUCAGCCAAGCAAAGAUUGGCCCUGUAUACUCCUCUGUCUCGUCUUAAGCAAGAAGUAGAAACAUUCAGUCAAAGGGCGGUAUCUGAUACCUUGAUGACAAUCAAUCGUAUGGAACAAGCGCGCACAGAAUACAGAGGAGCCCUGCUGUGGAUGAAGGAUGUGUCCCAAGAACUGGACCCAGACACCCUAAAACAAAUGGAAAAGUUCAGAAAAGUACAGAUCCAAGUGAGAAAUAGCAAAGCUUCUUUUGACAAGUUAAAGAUGGAUGUUUGUCAGAAAGUGGAUUUACUUGGAGCUAGUCGCUGCAAUAUGUUAUCUCACUCCCUCACUACCUACCAGAGGACACUGCUUGGAUUCUGGGAGAAAACAGCCCGAUUGAUGUCCCAGAUCCAUGGGGCCUGUACUGGCUUCCAUCCAUAUGAUUUUGUAGCUCUCAAGCAACUACAAGACACUCCAAGCAAGCUUACCGAAGACCACAAAGAACAAAUAGAAAACAAUUCUCUCACUGAAAACCUCAAUAAGUUAGUUUUGUCAGAUGAGGAAGUGAGCUUGGGAAAUGAACCAGCAGCCGAAGAUCACAAGGAAAAGCAUUUUCAAAUAAGAGAAUUUGGAGCACCUCAGUUUUCUAAUUCUGAAAAUGUUGCAAAAGAUUUACCUAUAGAUUCACUGGAAGAUGAUUUUGAGAAGGAAUUCUCAUUUCUCAACAACCUCCUAAGUCCUGGUUCUUCAGGUACUGGUGAAUUUACCCAAGAAUGCCAGACCGCCUUUGGGAGCCCUGGCACCAGCUUCAUGUUGCGGGAGCCUGCUGUGGGGUCUCAGCCUCUUGCUCAUUCCUCACGAUUCCUUCCUUCACAGCUCUUUGACCUUGGCCUUCAUGCUGCUGGAGCUUUUAACAGCUGGGCCUUGCAAGGGGGAUUAGAAGUUCCUCUUUCACACACUGAUAACCAGCCAGUGCCUUCACAGAGUCCAAAGAAAUUAACAAAGUCUCUCAACAAUGGUAACCAAGACAUGUCAGCCUGGUUCAAUCUAUUUGCAGACUUGGAUCCACUUUCAAACCCAGAUGCUAUUGGACACUCAGAUGAUGAACUACUUAAUGCUUGA